AUGGCGAAAAAAAAGAAUCCAGCAGAAAACAGGAAGUGGAAAGUGCCAAGAGGCCCAAAGAACACACCUCAUAAAAACAAAAAUCUGAUCGGCUUGGGAAGAACUAUAAGGCAUGCGAAAUUAAAGAAGAAUGAGGGAUACUAUUUGCCUUCAGGAGAAUUACGGUUCACAACUGAACAACACGUUCCAGACUCAGAGGGUUUGAGGUCGGUCACUCAGGAAAACGCAUUAGAUGAGUUUCUUAGUACCGCAGAAUUACAGGAUAAGGAAUUUGCAGAGGGCAAAACCUCAGGAAUAAAAGUGGUCAAAGUGAAUAAUCAAGUGGUACAGAAUUCUGAUUACAAUCCUUAUUUGUUGACAAGCAAGCAGGAGAUUGAGAAAUUCAAGAUACAGGCAGCACAUAGAGAUGAGUUGACAAUUCCAAGGAGACCAAAGUGGGAUAAGUCCAUGACAAAGUUCGAGCUUGAUAAGAGAGAAAGAGAUGCUUUUCUUGAAUGGCGGAGACAUUUGGCAGCUCUCCAACAGGAUAAUGACUUGCUUUUAACACCAUUCGAGCGGAACUUGAACUUGUGGAAGCAGCUUUGGCGUGUAGUUGAGAGAUCGGACUUGGUUGUUCAAAUUGUGGAUGCCAGAAAUCCUCUUCUUUUCAGGUCGUACGACUUGGUGAAAUAUGUUAAAGAACAAGGGUCUGGAGCGAAGAAGAAUCUUCUUCUGGUGAACAAAGCAGAUCUUUUGACCCUUUCGCAAAGAAAAGCAUGGGCCAGAUAUUUCAGCGAGCAUGGAAUUGCUUACACAUUUUUCAGUGCGGCAAAAGCCAACGAGAUUAUCGAGAAGCAACGUGAAGAAGAGGAUAUGCAAAGACUUACCGAGGAGGUGUCCGGUAAGAAGAAUAAGCAGACAGAGGAGAAUGAGUUAGAUGAGUUGGAUAACUUGGGUGAUGAACUUGAUGACGAAGAAAAAGCGGAAUUGGCAAAGAUCAAAGAAGAAUUAGCAGAACUUGACGGCUCGGAUGAUUCAGAAGAAGAAAAUGAAGUUGAAAGUGCUGAAGAGGUGGAACUGACUACAAACAUUCUUACCGUUGAAGAGCUUGAGGCAUUAUUUUUGAAAAAGGCCCCUGGACCUUUUGUGGAUCCUACAACGGGGAAACCAAGAAGGGCACAAAUCGGACUUGUUGGAUAUCCGAAUGUCGGUAAAUCAUCUACCAUUAAUGCGUUAGUUGGAUCAAAAAAGGUGUCUGUUUCUUCAACUCCAGGUAAGACUAAACAUUAUCAAACGAUAAUCUUGUCUGACAAGGUUCUUCUCUGUGAUUGUCCAGGUUUAGUUUUCCCGAACUUCGCUUACACGAAUGCGGAGCUUGUUUGCAACGGAGUUUUACCAAUUGAUCAGCUUAGGGAAAGCACGGGACCAGCAGAGUUGGUUUCUAGGAGAAUACCGAAAUACUUUUUGGAAGCAUUGUAUGGAAUUAAGAUAGACACAUUAUCGCCAGAUGCAGGAGGAAACGGAAUUCCUACAGCCAGGGAACUGUUAAAUUCGUAUGCUAGGGCACGAGGCUACAUGACCUCGGGUUAUGGUUCUGCAGACAUCAACAGGGCAGCAAGAUACAUCUUGAAAGAUUAUGUGAGUGGCAAACUCUUGUAUGUGGAUCCACCACCUCACGAAGAUGGAUCUAGAAGGCCGGAGGCAGAAUGCAAGGCUUUCAAUAAGGAAUUGUAUUCGUUGAAAAACCUCCCAGAGCAUCGUCAACAGCAGGUUCUCUCUGCUAUCCAGGAAAAGGGUAUUCCUGCUGAUAAAUUCGAUUUGGCCAAGGAUUUCGAAAAUCUUCAUAUCACAGAGUCGGGACCACUAACCGACUCACGGAUACCAGCAAAGUCCAGAAAGGAAAUGCUGGCACAAAAGGAGGCUGCUCUUGAUUUGGAUAAAGAAUUCUUCCAGAUGAGUAACGUGCGUGGAAUCCGGAGUGAUCCAUUCCAUUCAAAAAAGCAGUCUGCCGGAGGGAAGAAACACAACAAAAAGAACAAGAAAAGUAUGAAGAAGGAAAGAUUGAGAGUUUAA